GAAAGCAGAGAGUAUGUCAGCUGUAAGCUGAACAUCCAUACGGCGUGAAAUAAUUAUUAUUCGCCUAGAACGCUUAAAGAGCAUUGUUUUUCUUUUCCUUACUUGAGAAGCCCCAGAAUGCGAUGCAAUAAAUGUGUUGGAACCAAUGCCGGACAAUGCUGCUGUUGUAUUAGGAGUAUUCGCUUCAGGGAGACCGACAGGCACAAGAUACAGAAACCAAGAAGCAAUAGAUUACUUUCGCAGGAUUUCUUUUUCUGAUUAAAAGAUUCAAACUAAGGGAAGAUCAUGGCUCCUCUUCCUCUGCAUAGAGUUGAAAAGGAGACAGGCUUUACACAGGACAGCCAGCCUCAGGUCCUUCUCUGUGGUUUUUUAGUGACAGGGGGAGCCUUCCUGCUACUGGUGCUUCUCACAUUCCUCUGUAAUAGCUGCCAAAGCAGAAACAACAAAGAAAAGAAAAUCAAGAUUGAUGGUGUGAAGCUAGUUGGUAUGUCUGUAGGGCAAACACAACAGCUUCGACCUGUUAAUACGCCUGAAAUGGGAAAACACAAUCCUAACAGAAUAUCUUGCUAUGGUGAAAAUGGCCUCAGAAGCUGGCAAGCCAGUAUGGACUAUAUACACCUGCCGGGAACAGAACCUUUGGAGGAGGGAGAGGACGAGGCAGGAAAUUCAAGAAUUCGACAGAACAGACUGCUGCCCAAAAUUCCUGGGAAUAAUUACACUGGUGGAAAGCUGCCUACAUUGAGAAAAGCACAUGAUAUGAAUUCUGUUCAUUCACAAGUUAAAAAAUACCCUUGUCAGGAGAACUCUACUGAAGACUCAUUUUAUGAGAGUGUUGGAACAAAAUAUGAAGUAGAUCAUAUUAACCAUCAACCUGAUAGGCAAUCAAAAUCUGAAUGUGAGGCUAAUGAAAUGGAAGCAGCUUUAAUAUCUCAAAGGCAACUGGCGCAGGGUUUGAAGGAACCAGCCGUAAACAUAGACAUACCAGAGUAUGCCUCAAUUCGGAAAGUAAAGAAGAAAGAAUGGAUCCCAAAUCAGGAGGGUGCACAGGAAAAACAACCAAGGAGAAAUGUAAAGAAUGGCUAUGUAUUGUUACCAGGGUCCAGUAACCAUGGGGAACAAUUAAGACAGAAAGGAAAAUCUGUUGCCUUUUCACAGACUGAGAAUCACAGUUCUGGGAUACAAGGCAGCCUGAAGUCUAUCACAGAGUGUGAAGCAGCAAAAUCACUGGAAGAAUGUAGGGAGGAGAGGAUUGCAUAUGUCAAUCUAACCGAAGGACAGCCAAAUGCUGAUAAUGCCUAUUUUAAGAGGGAAAGCUUAAACUUCAGUAAAUCUCAUGAAAAACUCCAAUCACUUACAGAUGAAGAGAUUGCAGCAAUGUACUCCAAGGUGGCAAAAAAAGGUCCCAGAAAGGAAAUACCAUUAGCACUAGACAGGGGACUUCAAAAAGAAGGCAACCUAAAUUACCACUUCUGGUCAACAGGGAAUCUGAAUGAAGAAGAAUCAGAAUAUGAAUCUAUCAAGAGUCCACGGUGGCAUUCAGGCAGUCAGAUAACAGGGGAUGAUCAUGAUUAUGCUUCAGUUAGUGAAAAGACCUGGGGAAUGAAAUGCAAGAAUGAAGGAGAAGAAGAAGAAGAAGAUGAACCAGGCUACGAAGCAAUUAAUAUGAAAUGGAAGAAAAUUAAUCUUGCUAUUAAGAGUGGCAAAGUACAAAAGAUUACUCAAGAGAGGCAAACAGAAAACUAUUAUGAAAGUAUCAGUGAACUGCAGCAGAGCUGUACACGUACACAAGUACUAACAUCAGGUAAUGGCAAAGAGGUCUAUAUAACAGGACUCUAGUUGAGUGUUUGCAAGGAUGGAGAAAUCAAGUUAUAUGAAUCUCAUGAAACAAAAUGAUAAUUUUAGAAAAAACAUCACUGACGCCUUCUGCGAUGUUACAGACAUUUUAAAUUCAAUUGCUGGAAUAUAGAACAUAAAAUAGUCUACAAAUUAUAAUUGCCAAUAUUAGUGGAUGAACACAUAACAUGUACAGAGGAAUGUCAUAUGAAAACAUUAAACACCGACU